AGAGCGAGCGCUACCGGUCACCAAAGGUGAUCUUCACCUUACCCCGUCUCGGUCGGAUUCUUCACCACCUUUUUCUUUGUGUUUUGUGUUUCUGUCAAGUUAUUGUGUUCUCAGUUCUGGUAGCUGGGUAAUCAUUCGUUCUGCUAAUUCUCUGAUAAUCGUUGAACCGUUGAUCGGUGUCAACUGCAAUCGGGAUACCCUAGCUGCUUCGUUGGAUAUACGUUGUCUACUGCAUCAUACCCUGCAUCCCAUAUCGUAAUCGAAAGAAGGAUAACACUAGCAUCGGGCACAUUUGGGCAUCAUGACGGACGUAUACCGUCCCGCAACGGGCAGAUGCCCACCUCUGCGACAGGUGCGAGGAACGAGGCUUGAUACGAUAGUAGAGGACGCGCGCGAGGCGCAUUAUGCAGACUCUACAAAGCCUGUUGCAUCCAGUGCCAAGCAGACAACACCAAAGGCACCGCAACCUCCACAGCCACCACAGCUGAAGCUCAAGACCAGCGGGCUUUCAUCAGGGUCUCGACUGCCUCGAUUCUUCUCGCCAAUAUCCGCAGGCUCCGUCUCCUCUUGUUCAGACACUGAAUGGCAGCGUCAGAUGCAGCCGUUUGAAGACCUGUACGAUGCAACGGAUGACGAUUCGGACAUCAGUGAUGAGUGCACUUCCUUCGCUAGCACCCGACCAACAAGUUUGGUGACACCCACGACGCGUACUUCAGUUUUUUCUCCGGUCUCCCGCAGCCGGUACCCCAAGCUCCCCGAUCCCGCCAACUCCCCGCCGAAGAUACCUGUCUCCCCUGCUGCCCUGUCAAUGCUUGCCCAUUCGGUGCCGGCCGUGCAUGCCCCGCCGUCCUUGGACGGCAGUGUCUCCUCUGACCAGGUGUCGAACAUCAGUGCUCCAGCAACUCCUGACCUGCAGUCCCUUCCAGACAACGACUGGACUGCGCAAGAUGUGCAUGUUCGUCACGAGCUAGAAGAUUCGCAGGAUGAAGAUCUUGAGGCGGAGCCGGAUACCCAAAGCAUUCAGAUCGCUAUUGAGAGCGCCAACGAGGACUGGCGGCAGGUCCUAGGCAGGUUUCCACGGAUCCCGGGCGGCCAGUCGACCGCGUCGUCAAUUGACCUGGAUGCGGAGCCAGUAAGGGGAGAUACACCAUCUGACCGGGGCGUAUCUCUUCCUGCAGAUGCCUUGGAGACACUGAGGCACAUCUCACUCGAUGGAACUCCAGAUCCCUGGUCGGAAACUUCCGAGUCCAACGAAGAGAUGUGGCAGAUCCGUAUGCCUCCAGAACGCCCGCGCAGUGCCGACGAUGCCACCCCGGCGUCGGAAAUCUCAGGGUAUAGUUUCAGCAGGCUGAGCAUACCCUCACCUGGUGGCUUCUUUGCUUCACUGGGUCCACGAGCACGUCACACCUGGUCUAUCCCCUGUGGAAAUAAACCGCCGACUUCUGCCACUGCCGAGAGCUUUUACAAGCUACCGUUCUCCCGGACCGAAGGGGAGGUAGUUGAGCAUGUCAUAGAGUACCCCGAACGGACGACAGAAGAACAACUGACAGCCGUGUAUGAUCCCAUCGGACCACCCACCGCUAUCAGAAUUCCCGAGGAAAAGACGCCCAAAUUAUUCGAUCAAUUCAAUGAUCAAGCAUGCUCUGAGGAUGAUGCUAUGGACGAUGCUCUUCCGCCCAUUGGCCCGGACGAUCAGGACGAACGAGACGAGGACUAUGAGAGCGAACUAAAGCAAAAGGCAAUGUCGGGUUUGGACCGGACCAGCGAUUGGUUGGCAGCCCAGGCUUCUUACCUUUCAGCUCUUAAUGAGACCAAUCCCGUGAACAUGUUGGAUGAAGAGGCUUACAACGAGGAAGCUGGGCCCAAGACCGACCGGCAAUCACCCAAACAGUUAAGCCGGAAGCAGUCGGUUCGUUUUGCCAAAGCUCUUCCAGAAGCACCCAGCUCUCGCCCCUCUUUACUAGCGAGUAGAGACUCCAUAUACUGGCGCGGAUUCAAGGCGGUCCAGCAACAGUCCGGCAGUCGGGACACCUUUGUGCAUCGGAACACGAGAUUUGAUGCUGUUCAAUCUGUCCGACUGGGCUUAACAGAUGCGCACAUCAAGCGUUUGCGUGGAAACUAUGAGAUCGCUCGUCCGGAACGUCCAGCUUAUAAAGGGCCCUUCUCAUUGGCGCCUCGCAACUCAACAAUGGACUCGGCUCUGGCAGAAAAGGCCCAGUUCUCCAUAGUCGAGAAGGAGCAGACUGUGUUGUCUCAAAUUCGUCAACCAAUGUGGGCCAUGGAUGCUCUGAGAUAUAUCAACGGGGGUCGCCUCAUUGUGAGUCCUGCUCUGAAGCAGCUGUCCAGCACGCGUAAACGAACUCCCCGUCAACUACGGAUCCUCGACCUCGGCGGACACGCCUCAUGCGAAUGGGCUUGGCAACUAGCUCACGAAUAUCCUCAUGUUAAAGUUUAUACCGUCUUUACUGAGCAUCAGGAGGUCAACCCAGGCAUCAAAGGACCUCCCAAUCACCGGCAUCUUCCUGUAUCCCAACUGUGGAAAUUGCCGUUCGCCGACAAUAAGUUCGAUGUGAUAUCAGCCCGCUCUCUUCCUGCUUUGUUGAAGAAAGAAUGCCCGUCUGGGGAGGCCCAAGACCAGUAUGACCUUUGCCUGAAAGAAUGUCGACGUUGCCUCAAGCCAGGUGGUUACUUGGAGUUCUUUGUCAUGGAUGCAGAAAUCACACGUGCUGGCCCGCAGGCAUCUGCCAGGUCAGCUGAAUUUGCGUCCGGUCUCAGGGCUCUGGGUUACGACCCGACACCAACCAAAGGCUUUCUCAGUCGCUUGCAGAAGAACUUCGCGGAUGUAAAACGAGCCUGGAUGUUCCUACCUAUGGGUACUGAGCCGGUCAAGCCUGAACCGCCUAGGGAGACACCCGAUCCGAGGGUGAAGAGUCUCAUUGAAGAAUGCGAAGCGGUACAAGGCCCAGUCGGGAGCACGGCAGAUGUCGCCAGUGUUACGGGUGUGCUAGGUGGCUGGAUCUGGGAACAAUGGCUUGUAAAAUUGCAAACGGAGCUGGGAAUGGAUCAACAAGACCUGCUGGCAGGCAUUGGGAGCUGGACCUGCUUGUCGGGGUGGGCAAUGAAACCGAGGUCGAAGAAGAAGAAGCGCUGAGCCGUGCUUCUCCGUCCAUUCUCUUUUCAUUCGACGCCGAGGUUUCAUUCGGGCUGCCCAAGGUACACUAUGAACCCCAAGCUGCCCUGGUGGCGCAUCUAAUGUAAUAGCGGGAGUUGUGUCUUUCUUAUCGCUCUUUUCAAAUACCCCUUUGUUUUUGCGGAACGAGAGAUGAUGAAUGCAGAUUAAUGGCUGGUGGACACUAGGUUGGAUAGCUGUUGACAAUGACACUCACUUGAUACCCAUGCAG